AUGAAGUCUUCCAUCGUUCUUGCCGCCACUGGCGCCCUCCUGGCCAUGGGUGCCGCCAUCGACCCCCGUGCCAUGGAGACCAUCUUGGACAUCACCUACGUGACUGUCACCGUCACUGACGGCGUCCCCAUCGAGACUCCCAUUCCCACUCCUUCCAGCAGCCUUCCCCCCCAGGUUGAGGAGACCCCUGCGCCUGCGCCCAUCUUCCAGACCAUCACCACCAAGCGCCGCUCUCGCACCCCCAAGGCCUCCCCGACCCCGAAUCCUAUCCCGACCCCGAGCCCGACUCCGACUCCUACUCCUACUCCUACUCCCACUCCUGAGCCGGUCGUCGAGCAGCCCGUCGCUUCGGAGCCCGCUCCAGAGCCCGUUGCUCCUGUCCCCUCCGUCGUCGAGACUACCCAGUCUACUCCCAGCACUGCUGCCACCGUCAGCGACCUUCAGACUGCCGCCAUUGAUGCUCACAACAUCCACCGUGCCAACCACUCCGCUCCUGCCUUGAGCUGGGAUUCUGAUCUGGCCAGCUACGCCCUCAUCACUGCCAAGACCUGCGUCUUCGAGCACGACUUGACCACUGGCGGUGGCGGUUACGGCCAGAAUCUCGCCAUGUGGGGUGCCACUGGCUCUGAGAAUCUGGGUGAGGCCAAGGCUGCUCAGCGUGCCAUCACCGACCAGUGGUACAACGGCGAGCUCAACCUCUACCCUGGCUACGGUCAGGCCAGCCCUGACAUGACCAACUUCCUUAAGUGGGGUCACUUCUCCCAGUUGGUUUGGGUUGACUCCACCACGGUUGGCUGCGGUGUCUACUACUGCGCCGCCGGUACCCUCAGCUCCAUCGGCAGCUGGUACACCGUCUGCAACUACAAGUCCCAGGGCAACGUCAUUGGCAGCUUUGACAAGAAUGUCCUGCCUCCCGGCAGCGCCGCCACCGUCAACGUCGCCUAA